AGUUUGGAAUUUAAAAUUAUCGAAUCGAAACAUCAAGAAGGACAGGAGGAUGAAAAAUAUAUUCGGUAACAAAAAUACAAAGAGAUCAAAGAACAAAGACGGAAAAGCGUUGGCCAGUACUGCUAGUAAAGAUGUUGCUGAUCCUCCAAAGCAAGGUGGAACGAAAGGAUCCAAAAAACCAAAACCAUCAAGAGGAAAUGACGAGAAAGGUCGAGAGCCGGAAACAAGUGCUCAAUCCAAAAAAGCAAAAAAAGGGAAACCGAAGAGAGAUUCGAAGGCUGCAACUCCUGCACUAUCACCUGGAUCACGUGAAAUGCUGUCAGAUCAUAAAAAGCAGACAGUUGAGGAUGAUCCACCACUUCCAAUAGCAACUAGUGUCGCUGGAACAGUCACAACUACAGGCAUGCCUGCUCUUCUGCCAGCUGAAAAUGCCACCCAGCCACUCAAAGAGGUUGUUAAUUCGGGAAAAAAGUCGAAAGGUGCUCCGAACUCGGCUACAGCUACUCCAGUUUCACACAAGAGUACUAUUACUGAAGGUGCAGAUAAGUGGGUGGGAGAAGACGUUGCAAAGAACUGGAUGGAUUCGAUUGAUCUGGCUGAAGUGAAGAAAGAAUUUGAAAAACUGCAAUCUAUGAAAGUAGACGUGGAGAAGGAAUGUAAAACAUGGAAGGCCAACUCAAAAUAUAAUCAAUCGGAAGACUUUCCUGCGUUGGACUCCAAUCUUUUGAAAGUUGAAAAAGAUUAUGUGAAUAUCAGUCGUGUAGAGAUUCCAUUGGGUCGAAACAUUUACAUCGGUCAAGUUCCUGUCAAGGAUACGGAGGAGACUUUCUGGAAAGCAGUUUUCGACAAGAGAAUCGUUUCUAUUGAUGUUAUUGUCGGAGAUGAGCCCAUUGAAUUCUUCCCGAAAAAGGCUGAAGAUUACAAGAAUUACGGACAGAUGUGGAUCAAUAAUCGAAAAGUGGAAUAUGUCAGUGAUGAUGUGUUUCGUUUUUCAAUUGAAGUUUUACCACACGGAUGCUCCAAUUCGAUCAUCUGCAAUGUGACAGUUAUCAGUAAUUGGAAAGUGGACAGUGUUCCUGUAAAACAGGCAAUUGCCAUCAAAGAAGCUUUUGGUCUGAAUAGCUACUUGCUCAAAGCACCCGCCGACGACAAUGCAAUGAUCAAUUCACAACAUGGAGCUGGACGAGCUGGAUACUUCUUGGCACUGGCAGUUGCUGUUCACACAAUUGAUACAAAGGUUGCCGAACCAUGCAUUGUGGAUAUUGUCAAAUCGAUUCGAUCCCAGAGACCAAGAGCAGUCGAUUCAUUCUGUCAAUAUUGUUCCUUGUACAUUUCAUUGCUGUACUUUAUCAAGAAGAAAGUGACAAAACCGGCAGAAGGAGAUAAGAAGUCGACACCGACUAACAAAUACCUUCACAAGAAGUCGGUUGAGAUGACAAAGCAGUUUACAAAUAUUCUUCUUGAAGCAAAUCAGCCGAGUGUGAUGGGACCUCAAUGAACUUUUUCCUCCGACUUUACACAUUGAUCCUUCGUUCCGAAAAUAAAGCAAUUUUAUAGAAAUC